UCCUCUCUGACGUGCUGCAGCUGCAGCUCCGUGUCCACGCGCCCUCUCUCCGCUGCCUCACACAGCAAACAGCUCGUCGUCUCCUCGUCACUCGGAUUUCCUCGCUCAUCCAUCCACCCCCUCCAACCAUCCAUCCAUCCAUCCAUCCAACCAUCCAUCGCCUCCUCCUCCUCUUCCCUCGGUUCCUCUCAUGCCGCCGUCGCGGCGCUGGAUACGCGGUUGUUUGUGAUCGACCAAGCAGCAGCAGCAGCAGCAGCGAGAGCAGCAGCAGCAGCGGGGACUGAGUGAAUAUGGCGUGCAUCGGAGACCCAGACCCUUUCACCGCUGCCAUACCCGCUACUAAAGUUGAACUUACGGUGUCUUGUAGAAAUCUCCUGGACAGAGACACGUUCUCCAAGUCUGAUCCAAUUUGUGUGCUGUACACUCAAGGAAUAGUCAACAGGGAAUGGAGAGAGUUUGGCAGGACAGAAGUCAUAGAUAACACCCUCAACCCUGACUUUGUCCGCAAGUUCAUGGUGGACUAUUUCUUUGAGGAGAGGCAGAAUCUCCGCUUUGACCUGUACGACUUAGACUGCAAGAGUGACAACCUCUCUAAACACGAUUUCCUGGGCCAGGCCUUCUGCACACUGGGUGAAAUAGUUGGCUCCCUUGGAAGUCGCUUGGAAAAACCUUUGAUUGGGAUCCCUGGGAAGAAAUGUGGCACCAUCAUAGUGAGAGCAGAGGAGCUGAGCAACUGCAGGGAGUCCGUGAUGCUGCAGUUUUGUGGCAACAAGCUGGACAAGAAAGACUUCUUUGGAAAAUCUGAUCCGUUCCUCGUCUUCUACCGCAGCAACGAAGACGGAUCGUAUACCAUUUGCCACAAAACAGAAGUGGUGAAGAACACUCUGGAUCCAGUUUGGCAGGCUUUUAAAAUUCCAGUCAGAGCACUGUGUAACGGAGACUAUGACAGGAGCAUUAAGGUGGAGGUGUAUGACUGGGACAGAGAUGGAGGCCACGACUUCAUCGGCGAGUUCAGCACCAGCUACAGAGAAAUGUCAAGAAACCAGUCACAGUUCCACAUCUAUGAGGUUCUAAAUCCAAAGAAAAAGGGAAAGAAGAAAAAAAAGUACCAAAACUCAGGCACGGUCACCCUCCUGUCCUGCCUGGUGGACACUGAGCUCUCCUUCCUGGACUACAUCAGAGGCGGGACCCAGAUUAAUUUCACAGUGGCGAUUGAUUUCACGGCAUCGAAUGGUAACCCAUCUCAGCCCACUUCACUACAUUACAUGAGCCCGUACCAGCUGAAUGACUACGCGAUGGCAUUGCGGGCGGUUGGAGAGAUCAUUCAGGACUAUGACAGUGACAAGAUGUUUCCUGCUCUGGGAUUUGGUGCCAAGCUCCCCCCAGACGGACGGGUUUCUCAUGAAUUUGCUCUGAAUGGUAAUCCACAGAACCCCUACUGCAGUGGUAUUGAGGGGGUGAUGGAGGCCUAUUACCAGAGUCUCAAAUCUGUGCGUCUCUACGGACCAACCCACUUCUCCCCUGUUAUUAACCAUGUGGCCAGGUAUGCGUCAGCAGUGACGGACGGCUCUCAGUACUUCAUCCUGCUCAUUAUCUCUGACGGCGUGAUCACAGACAUGGCACAGACCAAGGAGUCUAUAGUCAAUGCUGCAUCUCUGCCCAUGUCAAUUAUAAUAGUCGGUGUUGGACCAGCGGAAUUUGAUGAAAUGAUCGAGCUGGACGGAGAUGAGGAGAGGAUCUCGUCCCAAGGAAGAUACGCAGAGAGGGACAUAGUUCAGUUCGUUCCUUUCAGAGAUUACAUUGACCGGCGAGGAAACUACAUUCUCAGCAUGGCUCGCCUGGCGAAAGAAGUGCUCGCUGAAAUCCCAGACCAGUUUUUGUCCUACAUGAGGACAAGAGGCAUCAAACCUGGGCCGUUGCCACCUCCUUACACUCCCUGUCCACCACCAGCUAUUCACCCGCUUCUCGCCAGACGGGUAAGCCGAAUUUAAAGGCCUUGCUCCAAAGUCAGCCCGCCAACUCUGUUGGUCUCUCCUAUCGUCCUCUCUGCAUCUUCUUCUUCCUGCUCUUCACUGGAAGUUUUCUGCAAACAAGGUGAACUUUGCCCACUCUCUGAAGUUGCACUUUCAGGAAUGUUUGGCCAUGAGCGGUGACACAGAUCAUCCUGAUAUGGCCACUGGCUUUCCACUUUUUAGAAGAAUGGACAUUUCCCUUACUGGAAAAAGUAUGUUUGGUGGUUCACGGUGGUGGCUAGAAAGAGAUCAUCUAACUGCACCACAACGACUGGCUAGGACAGUAACUGACCACUCGCAGCAGUUAGACCGAAAGAGUCCAAGCUGUGCCGGCCUUUUGUUUUUAAAUCAUCUUCUCGUCUGUUUGCUGUUUCUAUUUCUACUUCCUCUGUUACUCAAAAAAAAUCCUGUCUUUCUCGAAGAUGUAAAUGUUUACAUAAGUGAGGUCAGGUAUGGAGGAUUUUUUUCAGGAUGAACUUUAUACCAAUCAAUGUGAAAACCUUUCAGAUUCCUAUUUUUAAGCAGCAGAAACUGGAGGUUGUGAAUUUGUACAAACAUAUUUAGGCUCUGGUGCCACAAUCUUCAAUACUGAGUGUUUUUUUAAACUAUAAAUGGAGCAUGUGCUAGUUUAAGAGAAGCAUGCGCUCUUGUCCUGCACUCAGGGCAUUGACCCUCCCACACAAACCCCCCACCAUCACCACUGCCAUGUCGCAUUAAGAACUAACCCAUCAACUGUUUGAACCGCUUCCCACGCUCCUACCUUUUGCUCCAUACACCUGCCUUGACUCAAAAGGAAGCGGUGCUUCCUGGGAGUCUGGUCAACUCAAAUGCAGCAGGGACUUAAACCAGCCUUACUCUUUUGUCAGAUAACAUUAAUGGGAAACACUCAUCCAUCGCUUCUGGAAAUGUGGAUCUCCAAGCCCAGAAGUCAAAAACACACAUCUCACUACCGAACCUAACUGUGUGUUACGUGUGGUUCUUUACGCUCAUGAAAUAACAUCGUUAUUUAGCAUCGUAGCAUUUUGUUUUAUGUCUCUCUACCUCUCACUUUCUUUGGUAUUGCCAAAAAGUGUUGAUAAAUAACAAAAUGUUGGUGUGUCAGUGCUUUUUGUUAAAUCCGCGGAGUUCACAAGUCUUAUUAUUCACAAAAACAUUUGCCAAACUGUAGGCAGAGAAUUACAGCACUUCAGGUGACUCACUCACAUUUGUGGCAGCAUCACACUGUAAUAUGUGCACAGAAAACCAGUAAAACAAUGUUUACCCCACAUGGAUCAAAUGAAGCACAGUUUAAUGCCAGUUUUUGAAGCUAGUAAUAAGUGACCCCUGAGGUUUAGUAGUGUUCAGCUUAUCAUAUACAUAAAGAUAAAACUCUACAGAAAAUGUGUGCCUUUAGUAUCAAACAUACAAGAUGUGAACGUUCAGAAGGCAGCUCUGAAUAGAGGAUGACAGCAGUGGUUCUUCCAGUGAUUUACAACCGUUACUUACAGUGGCAGUUUCUUGUGUUUGUGUGUUAUGGCUAUGUAUUGUGAUCAAUUACUUUUUUACAAACAAGGAAAAAUAACCAAGCUGUGUAGGUGGGAAAAGAAGCAAUGAUUAAUUGUGUUCCAUUGAAAUUGACAAAUGAGGGUUUAUUGUGUCUCAGCUGUUUCUGCUGAGUGCAGGGAGGAUGUUUGUCACAAGGUAAAGUGUGAAGAUAACAACAAGAACACUGACCUAGCAAAAGGUAUUGAUUAUGAGCCACAUUUGAAAAAUUGCAAUAUUAAAAGAAAACAUGGAUGCGUCUUCCUGUGACGGAGCCUAAAAAAGGAACCGUUAAAAUGGCUUCAGAAUUGGUGACAAACAGAGUUUAAAUGAACACAGCUGCAGACUGACAUUAGUUUCUAUCUUUUUAAUUUUGUGAUUUUCUUUGUUUGGGUCUCAUUUGGGGGGAAAAUGUGACGCAUAUACACUUUAUGCACCACAUUUAUAGUUUACAAAUUGAAGUAUUUAAUUCAAAACUAAAGUUAAAACAAAACUUUCAUCAGCUUCAAUGUUGGGUCUUUUAGCAACUACUACCUCAGGUUCAGUAAUGAGUAAAAAAAAAAGAGUUUUUAAAAUGCAUCCUGCAAAAUGAUCUGCUUCCACUUCGUCUAUAUGCUCCAGCUAUUAAAGUUCCAAAACCAAGGAUUUUUCAGAGCUGCUGUUCAGUGUUUGAUAAUGAAAGCCUUCAUUUUCAGUGGAGUUUUGUUUAAAACAAAACAAAAACACUUUGUCACUUAUAGCCACGUUAACAGGGUGAACCUCAAAUUGCCCGUCAGUGUACACAUGAAAACUUUGAUGUGACGUUACAGAAAAGCACAAAUCAUUCUUCUGUCGGGCUAGAGCCAUCUUAUCCAGAUAGAUUACAUCUCAUGUGUGAAGAACAAUGUGAAUUCAUUUUAUUCUAAACUGUACAUGUUAUCACUGCUCUCUUUGGGCCCUAUAUACAGCCAAGAAUUCGGCGUAAAACAAGGUUUUAAACAUUUUUUGAAACUCGCGCUUCAAAUCAUUGCACAGAUGCUAUAUGAAUACACAUUAUCUGCUUGUUAAAAAUGUUCUUAGGCAUUUACUUUAUACACUGUACAAACGUUUGCCUUUAGUGUAUUGAUCGAUAUACUAUAAGUGUGAUGCUGCUUCUUUACUGCUGAUAGAAGUAUUACAUUUUAUACAGAGGCCUGUAAUCAUAUUUAAAUCAUGACUAACAGGCCUUAUUCGUGUUUAUACAUAUGUUAUUCAUAUUUAAAUCAUGAAUGACAGGCCUGUAUUUUUUUAUAAGUCAACGGUUCGAUAACGAUGUUCCACGUGUGCGAGACGUUUUUAAGUAGACCUGGUGAUCAAGUACACUCCGUAGCAAGUUUUUUCUGCCAAAUUUAACCUACCGUUAAGUGUAGCAUCUCUCUGUUGUUGCUGAGACUCGACCCAGAAGAUCUGAUUCUUCAGUUUGACUGAAGAAUCAGAUUUCUGGAGUGUGGGAAGAGGUUGUCUGACAGAUUUUUGUACUUUUAUGUGCUGUUGUUUCUUCGUGGGGACCCUGAACGGCAGCAGGGGUGUUGAAUUGCACAAUGUAGCACUGGACAUUCAGCCAGCUGAACUAGAUCAGAUCAGGCAGGAACAGUUUUUUCUCUGUGUCUCUGUAAAUAUAAUGUCCUGUAUAUACUGUAGUCUGUUUUCUGGAGAAGUAACUUGCAGCGAGCUGCUGGGACUCUGAGUCCUGCAACACAAGGCAGGGCCUUUCAUUUAUUUAUCACGACAAGACGUCCACUUUACGUCACGCCCACACUCUCCUAUAUACUGUGCAUCCACUACAUGUAUUUGUAUAUGAAACAUGCAUGACACUUGCGUAACAAGGUGAGGGGGGGUCGAGUGGAGAUUAAGGGUUUUUCUUUCUUCCCCCGAGAAACAGUGGUUUCGUAGAUAAAGUAUUUUUUAAAAUGUAUAUUCGCAUCUAAACCCUUAAAGUCAAGGUUCCGACACGAUUUAUACCCAUAUAGAAACAUCAAAAUUUCAUCAAAAUACACAUUGAUAGACAAUCGUAAAAUAUUUGCAGGGAUUAAGGAGUGAGUAGCCGCCGCUCCAGUGGGCAAUAGUGUUGCCUGCAAGGUUAGUGAAUGGGUUAGACGCUGUAAGGGCAUUGUUGGUCCAGCAAGUCACCGUGUGGAAGUCAGAACAGCCUCACAAUCCAUUCAUCAUCGCUGGCCAGCAGAUCCUAAGCUGCUGGUGUCUGAAAAUGAUCUCCCUGCCCAGACUUCUAGUUGCCAUUUUACGUUAUUAUUUACCUUUAUACCCUCCCCAUCUGACUUGAAUCUGAACAUCUACAGGUGUGACAGUUAAGCUGAUCAUAAAUGUUUUUUUUUAGUUCAUUUUGACGGGACAGACUGUCCUACAUCCCAAUGACAUUAAUAAUAGCAAUAACAAUGAUACAUUUAAUUUGUAUAGUGUGUUAUUUGAACACAUUGUUUUUUUUGUGCCUACACAAGCUUUAUAAAUGAGGCCCCUGGGAAUGAGAAUUAACAAAAACGUUCAAAUACAUAAGAAAUAUUGAAAAGUCCUCAUUCUAAAGGCCAGGUGUCUAGAUGUCCCCAAGUCACUUUGCAUCUGUACUUGCAUAUACAUGGUUGUUGUUAGACUAAUACUAAAAUGAGGGUCUAUCUCAAUCUACAAUUCUACACGUGUAAUUGAUCUCAUGUUGAUCAAUAUCAACACAGGUACUAGGGUACUAGUAGCAAGCAUCAGUGGUUAUCUUCGUCAUCUUCCUCCACCACCAACUGGACGAGAAACAUUGCAUGAGAAGUCACAAAAUGUUGUAGUGCUUCUGAAAGUUUGCAUUCGGUCUAUGGACACAGACGGCCGCGGAGAGUAUGAAUGCAGCCCAUACACUGCGAGACUGACGUACAAUGAGAUGUGACUGCUUAGCUAAUGCAUACGACUACAUGGCGACUGUGUUAUUCUAUGAUGACCAGUAUAGAUGGGAAGUAGUGUCGUGGCGUGUAUAGGUUUCCCCUCAGGAAAAGGAGAUGAAAGCUGUUUUUAUAGGGACUCAGUGAAGUAAAGGCUACAGAUGCAUCUGUCGCAUGCGGCUGUAAUGAGUGCAGAGACGACGUGUCGGUGUAGGAGUAACAAUCAAAAGCAUUUACUGUGUCGGAGACUGUAAGGCGAAGGAAAAACCCAACCCCUGGCUAUAAUGAAGUUGUCUCACACCUCGCUGCAUAUAGUAUGUCACUCUGCCAGUGUGGUACCGUGCCAGCAUGCCAGGCCACAUGAACGCCCGUGUAAUCUUCACACAUGUUACAGGAAAGUUGUUUACUGUACCUUAUGAUAUUAACACAAGUGGUUUAGCUGAAUGCCUGUGAUGAUUCUCCUGAUGUUUUUAUAGCAUGCAUUGAGUUUGCAUGUGUCAGUCUUUUUGUAAACAGAGAUGCUCUAGUGGGUUUAAAAAUUGUAAUAUGACAUCCUUGUGUGUUAUUUCAAAAAAGUAUUUGAAAAAAAUCCAAACUGUUUUGCCUUAAAAAAUCUCACUGAUCAGUCAUGGAAUUGUGCAAUGCCUUCAGAUGUUUGUUUUGAAGACUGAUUUAUUGGUUUUAUUUUUUUUCGUCUUGUGUUUUGUUGUGUUUUGUUGCUUUGACACUCUGGACAUCUUUAUUCUCAGCAAAGAGAUGGGAUCGAUCAGCUGAGAAUAAUGUUGUCCUCACAGAGUCAUGUUCACAGUAACCACAGAUCUGUAUUUUCAUCAGUUAUCCCUGAAUUAAUUAACCCCACUGUUAUUUUUUUCAUCUGCUCUGAUUUCGUUUCUCAACAGGGGAAAUUUUGGGCUUUUGCAUGAUGCUUGUGAUUACACUAAAAGAACAAUUAGAAAUUUAAAGUCGUCCAUUGACACAUACAUGACAUUGACUCAUCAGUUCUUGGGGUAAGUGAUACUAUGAGACAGCACAGGUUUUACUGUUGUAAUUAGAAACAUGAAAGCCACAAAUCAUUGAUCUAAAGCGACUAUUUCUGUAAGAAUUCAAGUCUUUCAAUAAAUUAUUCAU